AUGGAGAGACAAGAGAGGCUGCAGUACACUGCUCACCAGUCCCACACCUUGGGCGUCCUCCCUCUGGAACACACAGAUUUGCAACUCACAAAUGAAAAACAUGCAGAUGAGAAACCCAUUAAUGCAAUCGUUAUAAAUUCUGUAUCCGAAUUCAGUAUCACAGAUGGACCAGCUAAGGAAACCUCCAAUGAGAAAAAACUGUCAGAAUCCAGCACAUCACUGUCCUCCCUUAAAGAAUGCCAAAAGAAAUUUUCCUACCUCCAAACUGAUACUUCAGUUCAUCAGAGAGACACUGACGAGGAAUGUGCCUCCCUGAUUCUCACCUGUCUCUUCUGCCAAUUUUGGGACUGUCUCCUAAUGCUCCCCGACACCUGUGAAACCAUGUGUAUCAACCUGUGCUGCCCCUCUCACAGGUAUCACCACACCUCAGAUGAGAGCUACUCACGCAGUGACUGCAGCUGCAACUGUGAUGUGGACUGCAGCCUUUUUGAAUCAUGCCAUGAGACCAGUGAAUGCCUGGAGCUGGCCAUGGAGAUUUCAGAAAUCUGUUACCGUUAGCAUGAUGAAGGAACCAUGCCCCGGCAGUCCUUUUGGCCACAGUGGGAAAUGCUACAAGAAGACAGAGAUUUCCAUGUGCCAGAAUGCAAGGAUGUACACAUUUCUUGGAUGCUCCAGGCCAUUUUAUUCUCCACCUGUCUGGGAAAGUUAGUAUUGUCAAUUCAAUGAUCUCAAUCCAAAUUUCACAACAGCAUGGCUCAGUGAAAAAUAAAAUUCUUUAUCACACAUGAUGAAUAAAUCUAAAAUACCUCUUAAAUGCCAUAGGUACAAGAUGUUUCUUGAUUAUAAAACAGCAUGCUAAACCAUUCCGUAUUCUUGAAUUCAUCAGCUUGCGUCAUGGAUUCAACCUCAUUCACAAAUUCAGGUCAAAUUAAUGCUUUGUUUUAGAAUUGACAUACAUUAUCUCAUCUUUCUAAUGGACUCAUGCAUAAACAUUAUGCAUUGUUGGUUAUUAUUAAUAAUGCAUCAUAUAACAUCAUUUCAUAAUUAAAAAUUUAUUUAUACAGUCUCUUAAAAUUCACUUAUAUGUACAGUUUGGGUAGGAAAGGGAAUUAAAUGAAUUAGAAACCAUGUUCUUGUAAUUACAACAGAUGUCUCUAAAAUAUCUCCAGUGAAUUUUGAAUCUGGUAUACUUCAAGAGAUUACUAUAAUUUUAAACUGUAUUAUUAUAUGUCUAUGACUAUGUCGUAACAGGUUACACAUAUUCUUAAUCUCUUAGAGAAAGGUUCUUUAUUCUAAUAAGCAUAAAUGGAAAUAAUGUGCAGGUUCCAAGAAAAUAAUCUCUGACAAUUCGUUUUCCUCAUUUGUAUUUGUCAAGUACAUUAAGCAACAGGAUAUCAAAACAGAAUCAGUUCACUUUACUAAACAAUUAUAUGUGUACACAUCUAAAAUGAAUACACAUUCAGUUACUUAUUAAUUUCAAAUUUUUAAAAAUAGCAUGUUCAUCAGAAAACAUUUUUUUCUUUUUCCAGUUAAAAAGUAAUAAUUGCAUUAAACACUUCUUUGUACCUAUAUCUUUUUAAAAAUACGCAGUAUGGGGGGGCUGGGGAUUUAGCUCAGCGGCUUAAGCACCUGCCUUGUGAGCAGGCGGUCAUGAGUUCGAUACCCGGUACCAGUAAAAAAAAAAAACAAAAAAAAAAAAAACAAAAAAAAACAAAAACAAAAAACGCAGUAUGAGCUGUAAAAUGAUUUUCAAUUCAAAUAAAACAGUUCACAAGGAAACAUAUCUAGGUUGUAGCUACUUUGGAAUUUUAUUUUCUGUAGGCAUGAUUCUAUAGCUAUAUGGGAAAUAAAUUGCUCAAUAAUUUGUGUUUGUAUCUUCCCAUGAAGAUAACUCAAUAUAUUCAUUAAGUAUAAAAAUGAGAAUCUAAAAAUAACCAAACCAAGAACAGAAAAGUAGAAGGAAGAAUUGAGACAGAUUUUCUGGGUGUGUGACUUAGGCAAAAUAGUAACAGCCAACUCCAAAAUACCUGUUUUUUCCUACCUUGAGUAAUUUCAGACCAAAACAUGUGUUUUAUUCUGUAGUAAACUUGGACAUUCUUUUAAACUGUAAGAAAUUCCCCUAACAUUGAAAGCUCUUGAUCUUUACAUUUUUAACACUGCCUCUAGCAGGUAUUUAGCUGCUCCUGAUUUGCUACUGACAGCCCAGUGCAACCAUGGGUCAGCUUGUUCCUUUUUGACUAUCACGUUCACAUACCAGAAAGCAUGAGAGUGCCUCCCAACACUUCUGAAACACUGCAUCUUCGCUGCCUUUUGGAUGCUCAAGCUCUAUAGUUCAUGCAUAGAAUUUACAGAUUUAAAAAAAAAAAAUCCGUUGAACCGGAAGUAAACUAAGGCCAUUCUUAUCCAGGCCUUUCCUACUUCACAAAAGGAAAAGGAGGCUUCAGACAACAACCUGCUUAAGAUGACAUAUAGAGGUAACAGCAAUGUCAGGAUCCUAACUUGCAAUUUGCUUUCCUACCUCAUAGUUCUACUUCACAAUCAAGCUUGUAAUCAAUAGUACAGCUGUUGCAAUUGUUAAAAUACUAUACUAAAAUACAACCAGACUGGUUCAUAAACAGUGACAACUCUGAACCUCUUUUGUAUUUCCUCCCCAUCCUCAGAUGACCCUGGCCUGUCUCCAAGUACCAUUCUUCCCUCUAAUCUAGCCACUAAAGAAGAACUGAGGGUCCCUGAGACCCGGUCCCAAAAA